GAUCUCUGUUUGGUUCACACGCUAUUGGACGAGAGCUCCCCCAAACAAUCAGCUGAUGAUGGCACUACUAUCGGUACAUGGUUCAUUCAUCGGUUUGUGCAGCGUACCUAGACUGCAGACCAGCUUUCUUCCUUUUGUCUUUGGUAGUCGAAGUAAUGGCCACACGGAUACGGCCGAGCUCUAAGAGGUGCACAGUCAUCGGUGGAUCUGGGUUUCUUGGACGGCACCUUGUGGAGCAGCUCCUGGUUCGGGGAUACCUUGUGUCCGUGUUUGAUAUCCAGCAGUCUUAUGAGCUGCCUGGGGUCACGUUUCACCUGGGGGAUUUGUGUAAUAAGCAGGCCCUGCUGCCAGCCUUGCAAGGAGUGUCACUGGUGUUUCACUGCGCCUCCCCUUUUCCUGGCAGCGAUGACCGCUCCCUCUUCCAAAGGGUUAAUGUGGACGGCACUGGUGCAGUGCUGGAGGCUUGCCAGGAAGCAGGUGUACAGAAAUUGGUCCUUACCAGUAGUGCCAGUGUGGUGUUUGAAGGGACAGACAUCAAGGAUGGAAAAGAAGAGCUUCCUUAUGCCAAAAAGCCGAUUGACUACUACACAGAGACCAAGAUUCAGCAAGAGAAGCUGGUGCUGCAAGCCUGUAAUGAGGAGAACGGCUUCCUUACAGUGGCCAUCCGCCCCCAUGGCAUCUUUGGCCCCCGCGACCCCCAGCUGGUCCCAAUCCUGGUGGACACGGCGCGCCGGGGGAAGAUGAAGUUCAUUAUCGGGGAUGGGAGCAACCUGGUGGACUUUACCUUUGUGGAGAACGUCGUCCAUGGGCUCAUACUGGCCGCUGAGCACCUGCGUCCCAAGUCUCCUCUCUGCGGCAGAGCCUACCAUAUCACCAAUGAUGAGCCUGUACAGUUCUGGGACUUCAUGUCCCAGGUGCUGAUGGGGCUGGGCUACGAUGCCCCACGCUACCACCUGCCCUAUUGGCUGGUGUACGGCCUGGCACUGCUGCUCUGGCUGUUGGCUCUGCUGCUGAGGCCCGUGGUGCGGCUGCGGCCCACCUUCACCCCCAUGCGUGUGGCGCUGGCCGGGACGCAUCACUACUACAGCUGCACUCGCGCCAAACAGGACAUGGGCUACAGGCCGCUGGUGGGCCUGCAGGAGGCCAUCGUCCGCACUGUGGAGAGCUACCCACACCUGCGCCGCGGAGCCUGACUGAUGUGGGGGCGGGGCCUGAUCAGUGUGGGGGCGGAACCUGACUGAUGUGGGGGCGGGGCCUGAUCAGUGUGGGGGCUGUGGCUUGAUCAUCAGGGGGCGUGAUCCAGUUUCCAUACCAUUGCCUUCACUCCUGUCAAGGUGCUUGGUGGUUUGCUUGCAUACAAGGCUGUGUGUGUCAGAAUUAAAGACAUAUUUUUGUGUUUGUGGUUUGUUCGUUAUGACUGAUGUUUGUAUGUAACGUGAACUGACCGUAAGCUAAAUUUAUACUCUUAAACCUCUUUUCUGAUCCCCUUCAUUGUACCUUGCUGGAUUAAAUGCUAUACUAAAUACAGCUUUUAAAGUUGCUCAGAUGAAAAAGCACAUUUUACACCUUCUUUCUGCUGUAUGUACACUAGGGUCAGUGUGGGUGUUGCUCAGACUCUCCACACUCAGUGUUUUGCUUGAGGUUUUCCACUCACCUGGUAUUUCUUCAUUUUUAUUAACUUGUUGUCCCCGUUACUCUUAUGUUGUGCAACUGGGUACAAUGCAUUUCAUACGCUGAAAAAUUGUAAACUGAAAAUAUUAAUCACGCAGUGGUUCAGUAAAGUGGCACUGAUGUUUCCCUCA